AUGAAGUUCUUAACCCCGUUGGUACUGGGCGCGACCGCCUCAACCGCCCUGGCCGCGGUCAUUCCCCAACAGGCACCCCUCGGCCCGUCAAUCGUCCGGAACUCCCAGCAGACCAAAUGGUUGAUUGAAUUGGCUCCCUACCAGACACGAUGGGUCACCGAAGAGGAAAAGUGGGCGCUGAAAUUGCGAACGUAUCAACUGACCAAUGCAAUCCUCCAGGACGGCGUCAACUUCAUCGAUGUCACCGAUGAAUUCCAAUCUGGCUCUUACGGCGCCCUACACACCACCCGCAUCGUCCGCUACCCCACUUCAAUGUCUCACGAGCAAGAAAUCAGCCCGCUGGCUGCCGACUUGUCCAAAGCCAACAUGAAGAAGAACCUCGAGCACUUCACAUCCUUCCACACCCGGUACUACAAGUCCGAGUACGGCGUCCAAUCUGCCGAAUGGCUCUACACCCAAGUCAGCGAAGUAGUCCGCGAGUCGGGUGCCACCGAGUACGGCGCCUCCGUCGAGCGCUUCGCUCACCCGUGGGGCCAAUUCAGUAUUAUCGCCCGUAUCCCGGGCCAGACGAACAACACGGUCGUUCUGGGCGCACACCAGGAUAGCAUCAACCUGUUCUUGCCGUCUAUUCUGGCGGCACCCGGUGCGGAUGACGACGGCAGUGGAACUGUGACUAUCCUCGAGACGCUUCGGGCCCUGCUGCGGUCCGAGACGAUUGCUACGGGCCAGGCGCAGAAUACCAUCGAGUUCCACUGGUAUUCGGCGGAGGAGGGCGGUCUGCUCGGCUCGCAGGCGGUUUACGCCAAGUAUAAGAAGGACCUGCGCGAGGUCAAGGCCAUGUUGCAGCAGGAUAUGACUGGUUACGUGCAGGGUACUCUUGAUGCCGGGCAGAAGGAGUCGGUCGGCGUGAUUGUCGAUUACGUUGACCCGGGUCUUACCGCGUUUAUCAAGCAGGUUAUCACCACCUACUGCGACGUCCCCUACGUCGAAACCAAGUGCGGCUACGCCUGCUCCGACCACGCCUCCGCCAGCCGCUUCGGCUACCCAUCCGCCUUCGUCAUCGAGUCCCAGUUCGAGAACUCGGACAAGAAAAUCCACAGCACGGACGAUCUGAUCAAGUACCUCAGCUUCGAUCACAUGAUUCAGCAUGCAAAGAUGAGCUUGGCUUUUGCUUAUGAAUUGGCCUUUGCUCCUUUCUAA